AUGGCUCCCGUUUGCCAUCGUUUCUGUCUAAUACCUUUUGUUAGUUUUACAACACUAUUACUCGUGUUGGUCAAUGCCGAUGACAUUUUUCUUGAGUGGCAAGUGAAUAUCGACACAACGAUAAAACCAGUUUCAGUUGAUCAACCGGUCAUAACGAUCAAUGGGAUGUUUCCUGGCCCGUUGAUUAAUGCAACUACCAACGACAUUAUACAUGUUAACGUCUUCAAUAACAUGGAUGAACCUCUUCUGAUCACUUGGAAUGGCAUACAACAAAGGCUUAACUCAUGGCAAGAUGGAGUGUCGGGUACUAACUGCCAGAUCCAACCCGGUUUGAAUUGGACUUAUGUGUUCACUCUAAAAGAUCAAAUUGGCACUUUUUCUUACUUCCCCUCCAUCAACUUCCACAAGGCUGGUGGAGCUUUUGGCCCGAUCCGAGUCAACAACCGUGUUGUUAUUCCGGUUCCAUUUCCUAAACCACACGGCGAAUUCGAUCUUCUCGUUGGAGAUUGGUACAAUGAGAGUUUUAAGGACAUUCGUUCGUCUUUGAAAAAAUCCGAUCUUGACCUUCUUCCAAAGUCGAUGCUUUUGAAUGGACGUAGCCGUUACCCGCAAUCAAACCAAACAAUUGUUGUUGAAGAAGAUGAAACAUAUUUAAUAAGGAUAUCAAACGUUGGAACGCAAUGGAGUAUCAACUUCAGGAUUCAAAAUCAUCAAAUGCUACUAGUCGAGACAGAGGGGUCAUAUACAAGCCAAAAAAUGUUAGAUUCGAUUGACAUACAUGUCGGCCAAUCUUACUCGGUUUUGGUAACGACAAACCAACCCGAGGCCGACUAUUACAUCGUGGCGAGCCCUAAAAUGGUCAACACACCCGAUUCUAGUAACCUAGUUGGUGUUGGGGUGUUACAUUAUGAAGCCUCUACUACACCUGCCCAAGGCCCAUUACCAGCCGGUCCUGACCCAUUUGACCUUGACUUUUCGGUUAAUCAAGCGAAGUCAAUAAGGUGGAACUUGACUGCGGGUGCAGCGAGACCAAACCCACAAGGAACAUUCAACGUGUCGAAUGUUACAUUAUCUCAGACGUUUAUUCUCCAAGGGUCAUUAGCUGAAAUCAAUCGCUCCAUUCGUUACACUGUUAACAAUGUGUCGUAUCGUGUUCCCAACACCGCUUUGAAGCUAGCCGAUUACUAUAAGAAUGGAACGGGCACUUACCAACUCGAUGCAUAUUCCGCUAACUCAUCUAAUCCCAUUGCUAUUGAUGGAACUUUUGUCAUCUCCGGGGCUCACAACGGCUGGCUUGAAAUUGUGUUUAAGAACAACUUAAAAGCUAUCGAUACUUGGCAUUUGGACGGUUUUGGGUUCUACGUUGUAGGGUUUGGAGAUGGAGAGUGGACUCCUGAUAUGCGAUCAACGUAUAAUCUUUAUGAUCCAGUUGUUCGAUCAACAGUUCAAGUUUACCCAGGGGGAUGGACCGUGGUUUACGCAUAUCUGGACAACCCUGGAAUGUGGAACCUACGUUCACAAGUCUUGAAGCAUUGGUAUUUAGGACAAGAGCUUUAUAUCAGGGUCUACGACCCUGACCCGAAUCCUGCUAAAGAACGCCAACCCCCAUCCAACCUUCUAUAUUGUGGAUCCGUCAUUCCUCCACCGACACCACCAAAGCCAACACCGGCGCCACCAAAUCCGUCGUCUCAUGCACCAACACGAUCGUUAAACUGGUUUUAUAUUAUCUUCAUCCUCUUCACUUGUGUACUUCUAUAAGUACACACGACCAUCAAUGGAGACUGUUGAAUCAUUCUUUUGACAAAAUAUCAUAUUUGAGAAAUAAUUUUGAUUUAUAUCUUUUAUCCAUGAUCGUGUUAAGUUGAUUUAAAGACGACUUAUGAAAAAAAAAAUUGACCA